AUGGUAACGCGACGACCUCAACGUGCCGCCAAUCUGUUGCUGGCACAGUUUUGCACAUUUAUAGAUAAGAUUAUCGAACAUUACGUGUUCCUCUCUGAGGGUGUACAUACAGCUGAGUUAGAGUUGAAAAUACGGCAACAAACAGAACGCGAUGAGCGACGGUUACGGCUGAUGCGUCAAGAACAGGACCGAGUGAACAGCGAAAUAGCCGCUCUUGAUCGAAGAUCGGUAACUGGCACGAUAACUGGUAACGGUGAUCUUCGUCGGGACACUCUUCACAACUUUUGCCGAAGAUCACGCACAACUGAGGAAGAGGAGCACAAGCCUGAGUCUAGGCCAAAAACGCCGUCAUCUCAUUCGCCAUCCGUGUCCGAUACGCAAUCUCCGGCUGCUGAUUCACCUCACCCUUCUGUAUCUCAUAUGUCUUCCGAUGUCUUCGGACCAUCUCCUGCGCCUUUACCUCAUCCGUUGCCAAAGCCUGCUCGUAAUCAAGUCGCACCUCUGAACGGUGAUUUACAGCCUAUGCCAGCUCCCCGAAACCUUGACAUCUUCACUAUUGAAGGAUCGAAGGAAAUCGAUACAGUAAUUCCAGAAGCAGCAGGUAUAGAGAAACAUCUGAGAAGGAUGCGCCGAAUUCAGGAAGGACUGCGUAGAAGAGCAGAAGAAAUGAAGUUGAAAAGCGAGGAAAUUCAGAUAGAGACACUGUGA